GAAGUUCCCUCGGGUAAUUUUGCAUAUUCAUUUUGUUCGUCCGAGUCUUGCUGGGCACUCUAGUCUCUAGUCGACCGUUUCUUCAGCUUUGUUUUAGAACCCCUUAUCACACACACAGUGACACAGUUACCAGCACCAUUUUCAACUAUAUAUGUUUUCCAUAUCAGAAUCAAAACCAUAGGAAAACACAAAGAGAGAGAAAGAGAACAGAGAAGCAAGAAUGUUUUACUCACAGUGCUUGCUCUCAAGCAAAGGGCCUCUAGGCGCCAUCUGGGUCGCAGCCUAUUUCUUCAAGAAGCUCAAAAAGACUCAAAUUGCUGAAACCAAUAUCUCCUCAUCUGUUGAUAAAAUAUUGCAAGAUGAGCUGGAUGUUGUCACAUAUAGAGUGCUGGCCUACCUUCUCCUAGGCGUUGUCAGAAUAUACUCAAAAAAAGUUGAAUACCUGUUUGAUGACUGCCACAAGGUGCUAAUAAAAAUCAAUGACUUUGUGGUUAGUACGAAAGCUAAUGAACAUGUGGAAAAUUUUUGUGCACCAUAUUUCUCUAUUACGCUACCGGAAAGGUUUGAACUCGAUGCUUUUGAUCUAGAGAUCAUUGAAGAUGUUAGUGGAGGCAAUGUGGUGCCCUAUGAACAGAUCACACUCAAAGAUGGUUCAAGGAAAAAUGAGAAAAUGGGCCAGUACUCUUUAGACAAGUAUCAUUAUGAGGAUUUUUCUCUCUUUCAGACUACUUGCUCAACUGAUCACACUUUGGCUGACAAUGUUCUGUCGUCUGUCCUGAUGGACAUAGAUAUGGAAGUGAGCACAUCAUGUAGUCUAGCCAACUUAAAAGUAAACACAGAGAAGCUUCAAGACGAAAGGUUCUCUCCAGCAGAAUGUGUUGACCUUGAUACAUUUCUUGAGACUGAGGUACAACCUACAGAUCCUUUUAAACCAUUUGAUGAAGAUAUCCAAACUAAUGGAGAACGGAUAAAGGUUCCAGAAAAGGCACCAUUGGAAGACGAAAUACCUGGAGAGGCAUGCACAGAGAAGAUUCAAGAUCGUACGUUCUCUCACGAAGGAUGUGUGAACCUUGAGAUGUUUUGUGCGACUGAUGAGGAACCUGCAGACCAUAUUAACCUAUCUGCUGAUGAUCAUCAAAUUGAUGGAGAGCAGAUAAAGGUUACAGAAUUGACACAAUCAAAAAACAAAACUCAGCCUGUUAUUAGGGAAACCCAUGAUCUAAGCAACUUAGAAACAAGCAUGGAGAAGCUUCGAGUUGAAAAAUUUGCUCAUGAAGAAUGUAUGGACCUUGAUAUGUUUUGUGGGGCCAAGGAGGAACCUCCAGAACUUGUUAGAAAAUUUAAUGAAGAGCAUCAUAAUGAUGCUGAGUCAAAAAAGCUCCCAAGUCUGACAUCUUUCGAAAACAAAAAGUGUCAAGUUAAUACAGAAGAACAUCCACUGUCUGUCACAGUUGAUAGGACCCCUAAAUCCAAGUUCCCAGAUGCAUCAGGUGCCACAACACCAGAGUUCAUGUUUAUUCCUACACCAACUACUAGGGAGCGAGCUCGGCCUUCUAGGAAAAGAAAAUGUUUAAUUGAUGAGUUCAUAGUGUUGCCUAAUGAGGUACUUAGGCAGAGCAUUCAUGAUGCGAGUGACUUGGUUUCUAAACGAGGAGCAUCUCGUCGUAAUGCUCUAGCUGUGUGGAAAACUUCUCGAAUUUCCAGCCUCCACCAGGGUUUCUUAGAGCCUUUGAUGCCUUGUAUUUCAUCAGAGCUUAGGUCUCUCUUUUACACAAAGAAAUUAAAGAUUCUACAAUCUUCUGAAUUAGCUGUGGGUAUAUCAGAGCAUAUGCCAGAAUCUCCUACUGUGGGUAGAUCAGAGCAUAGGCCAGAAUCUCCUAAUAUUGGUACUUCAGAGCAUAAGCCAGAAUCACCUAAUGUGGGCACUUCAGAGAAUAAGCCAGAAUCUCCUAAUGCAGGUAGAUCGGAGUAUAAGCCAGAAUCUACUACUGUGGGUAGAUCAGAGCAUAAGCCAGAAUCUCUUACUGUGGCUAGAUCAGAGGAAAUUGUUAUUGCUCCAGAAACACCUGUUAAGUGCUCUACAUCAAUAAGAUCAUUUGAGAGCCCAAAGAACACAGAAAAUCCUGACUUUGAGGGAGUACGACGUGCAAGUUCCUUUGGAGAUGUAGAGAAAGAAGCAUCUUUGAGGAAAGAUCGGGACCUCGAUUUCAAUUUGAUGAAUGAGGAUAUAGAUUUGUGUGGAGCAGAUAAUGAGGAACUCUAUGGAUGGUCAGGGAGAACUAGAAUGGCGGCUAGGUACUUGCACAAAACAUUCCUAAAUCAGGAAAAAGGAGGAGAGGAGGAAGUAGUGAGUUUGUCACGGCUUUUGGAAGGAAGAACCAAGAAAGAAAGUGCAAGGCUGUUCUAUGAGAUACUGGUGUUGGGAACUACAGGAUAUGUGGAUGUGGAACAGAAUAAUGCUUAUGGGGACAUUCAAGUCUGUAAACUCUCGAAAUGGGACCAAAUUUAUGGAGCUGAUGGUAUAUGAAACCAUGGUAGUAAUUGCAUAUUUGUUGUGUAGAAAUAGAAUUGUUGACUUAGAUGAUAGUCCACCAUGUUAGAUGAGUAAUUUAAAGGUUUAGCUAGUCUCCUUUGUAUUUUGUACAGUAGACAGUAAUUUAUAAUUUAAAGGUUUAGUCUUCUUUCUGUAGCAGAAAAUAGUUAGUAACAGUCAAGGCUUAGUUGAGUUGAAUUAUCCUUUGUACAUCAUUUUUCAGUUUAUGCAAGUAAUUUGCUCUA